AUGUUUGUAGUUAGUUUUUUAAAAGUCCAAUAUAAUAAUUUUUUAUAUUGUUUGUUUUUAAAGGAUCCCAAGAAAUUUCGUCAACGUUCACACCCAAUGCCUUAUCCAGACCCAUGGUGCGUACCUUACAUAGAGCGUGCGGGUUUCGGUCAUGUAAUGCAUGUCGUAAAUGCCACCAUUGAUGCCAAAUUCAUUUUGGCUCUGUGUGAACGUUGGAGACCUGAGACACACACCUUUCACCUACCAACUGGUGAAUGUACCGUCACAUUAGAGGACGUGUACAUGCUUUUAGGUCUUAGAAUAGAUGGUAAGCCUGUCACCGGAAAUGUUCAACAGCCUAACCAAAUAUGUGUUGAAAUGUUGGGGGUAGAUCUGGUCGAGGGUGAGGGGUCUGCCAAAGCAAGGGGUCAGGGUAUUAAAUUAUCUAGCCUACAAUUGUACCACAACUCCAUAACUUUGACUGAGGAAUCCUCCGAACAAGAAAAAGUCAUAAAAACCCGGGUUUACAUUAUGCUAUUGUUUGGGAACUUGCUAUUUCCCGAAGGGACGGGAAAUAGCAUAAAUUUUAUGUACUUGAGUUUGCUCGGGGACAUUGAUAGAAUAAGCACAUAUAGUUGGGGUUCUGCAGUAUUAGCAUUCCUAUAUAGCUCUUUGUGUAAAAAUGCACAAAAUGAGCACUGUACAUUUUCUGGAUGUUCUUUUUUGCUUCAAACAUGGGGGUGGUGGAGAUUGCCGAGGCUAGCCCCAGAAAAUCCUAAUGACUACUCCUUCCCCUACGCAACUAGGUUCAUUACAACCGGACUGGAUUACAGUCUUACCCCCAAAAAUAAAAUUAUAUUUUAUCGUCAACUGUUGGAUCGUCUCCGAGCACAGGAUUUUAUUUGGAGGCCAUAUUUGGGAUUGGAACAUCAACCAAACCCCGAAGAUGCAGCUGUUUGGACAGCAAAAACGGCCAUAAUGCGGUUCACCACUGUGGAGAUGCACCAAAGUGACCGUGUCAAGCUUCAAUUCGGAAUGCAUCAAGACAUCCCAGGCCCCCCAAUGUCCAUGGAACCUUGGCAUCUAAAAAAAGUCAGCCACCAGUGGUAUGCCCAAAAUUGGAAGGAAUUUGCUAAGGAGUUUCGAAAAAUGUGGAAAGACCGUGCCCACUAUGUUCUACAAUUUCCGGUGGCGCCCAACGAAAUGAAGCCGACAAGGGAAUAUGUGGAAUGGUAUAGAGCAAAUACCAAUCCAGAAAUGAUUGUGUCUGACCCGUUCUAUUUGGACGAUCCCCGGAUGCAACAGCCAUAUUUCCAACAACAACAACCACCACAGUAUUCCCAACAACAACAACCACCACCUUAUUACCAACAACAACCACCACAACCAUUUUACCAACAACAACCACCACCACCUUAUUACCAACAACAACCACCACCACCAUAUUACCAACAACAACAACCACAACACAUGUCCACCCCCCAACCAAAUCAACAAUACAUACCACAAACUCAAUCCCAAUACCAUGAAGACUACCAACAACAAACUCAACAUUCCCACCACCAUCAACAGUCCCAACACCUACCACAAUAUCAAUCCCCCUACUUCCACCAAUCCCAACAAUUCCAACACGGCAAUUUCCCAAGCUCUUCCAGUCCUCCACCUAGCCCCGACACGGGUAUACAAGAGGACUACCAACAGGACUACUACACACCACAACAAACAUUGCACUUUGGCCAACCCGAUUCAACCCUAAACUACCAAAGACCACAAUUCGAGGGCGCACCCAGCAGUAGUCAGUUUGUCCCACCGAGACAAAGCUUCGAGGGCGCAGAGGGGACCCGUCUUUCCUACAGCACUGAAGGGACUUCGACCGAACCACAACGGCAAGCGGCAAGGGGGCGCGUUAGGGCAAGGGGUGGUAAUAGGGAAGCACCACCACCACGUGAACCGUCUAGGCGAGUAACUAGACCUCCCCCGUGCGGAUCGUACAAGGGACCGCAUCAUAUGUGAUUAAUCAUAUCUUUGUAAUAUUUGCCUUGUUUAUUAUUUAAAUAAAAAUAUUUUCUGUUUAUUA